UCCGCCGGCGCCCCCUCCGCCCCCUCGCGGCGAGACGCCUCUCCUCCCGGCUUCUCCCGCCCCACGCCGGUCUCCUCCCCCUGUUGAAAGCUGCCCGGGAAAGUGGUGGCGGGAGAGGGCCCGGGCCGGCGCCGUGUGGGCCCGGAUGCGAGUUGCGAGGCGCCGGAGGAGGGGUGGCCGACAUGACGGCCCCGGGCCAGGGCCCCCUCGCGCCGCUGCUGGAGACUCUGGAAGACCCCGCCGCCCCCUGUGGAGAGCAGACGGACGCGUACCUGGCGCUGACAAGUCGUAUUACUGGAGAAGAUGGAAAAGAAGUCAUUAUAGAAAUUGAGAAAAAACUUCCUCGGUUAUGUGAAGUUUUAAAGGCUCACAUUUCCAGUCAAAACUCAGAGCUCAGUUGUGCUGCUCUACAGGCCUUGGGGUUUUGUUUAUAUAAUCCCAAAAUUACCUCAGGAUUAUCAGAGAAAAAUAUUCAAGAACUGCUUUCAAAAUUGAAUGAUAAUGUUAAGAGUUCAGACAAAAAUGUACGUACGAGGGCACUUUGGGUGAUAUCCAAGCAGACGUUCCCCACUGAAGUUAUUGGCAAAGUAGUACCCAGUAUAAUUGAUUCAUUAGAAAUAGUAUUUAAUAGAGGAGAGAUGCAUUCUGCUGUUGUUGAUUACGAAGCAUUAAAUGUCAUCAUAAGGCUAAUUGAACAAGCCCCAAUUCAAAUGGGAGAAGAGUCAAUUAGGUGGGCAAAACUGGUCAUACCUUUAGUUGUUCAUUCAGCCCAAAAGGUACAUUUGCGGGGAGCGACUGCCCUAGAGAUGGGAAUGCCGUUGUUGCUUCAGAAACAGCAAGAAAUAGCAUCUAUCACAGAGCAGCUUAUGACUACUAAAUUAAUUUCAGAACUCCAGAAGCUAUUUAUGAGUAAAAAUGAGACAUAUGUUUUAAAAUUAUGGCCUUUGUUUGUCAAACUUCUUGGGAAGACCUUACAUCGAAGUGGGAGUUUCAUUAAUUCUCUGUUACAGCUGGAGGAACUGGGAUUUCGUAGUGGAGCACCCAUAAUUAAAAAAAUAGCUUUUAUUGCUUGGAAGAGUUUAAUAGAUAAUUUUGCAUUAAAUCCAGAAAUACUAUGUAGUGCGAAAAGACUAAAGUUGUUAAUGCAGCCUUUGAGUUCCAUCCAUGUGAGAACAGAAGCUCUAGCUCUAACAAAACUAGAAGUCUGGUGGUAUUUACUAAUGAGACUUGGACCUCAUCUUCCUGCUAAUUUUGAACAGGUUUGUGUGCCUCUAAUUCAAAGCACAAUAAGCAUUGAUGCUAAUGCUUCACCUCAGGGCAGUUCAUCUCGACUAGCUACUUCUCCAGGCUUAAGUCCUAUGACCCCUCAACACAAAGGUGCUUCCCCAUAUGGAGCCUCAGUAACCACCCGGAUGAACUUGAGUUCGAAUUUUGGUGUAAUGGCCACAAUCCCCUCUAUUCAACUUUUAGGACUUGAAAUGUUACUUCAUUUUCUGUUGGGUCCAGAAGUUUUAAGUUUUGCUAAGCAAAACAAACUUGUACUGAGCUUAGAGCCUCUUGAAUACCCGUUAAUCAGCAACUCUUCUUUUUUUUCCAAAUAUGCAAAUACGCUUAUCACGGCUGUUCAUGAUAGCUUUGUUGCAGUUGGAAAAGAUGCUUCUGAUGCAGUUGUCAGUGCUAUUUGGAAAGAGCUAAUUAACUUGGUAAAGUUAGUUAUUGAAUCAGGUAACAAAAAAGAGAGACCAGGUUCUGAGGUUUUGACCCUCUUAUUAAAAUCUUUGCAAACCAUAGUGAAAUCGGAUGUAUUUCCUGUAUCAAAAACACUGGUCCUCAUGGAAAUUACAAUUAAAGGACUUCCUCAGAAAGUAUUAGGUUCACCAGCAUAUCAGGUUGCUAAUAUGGAUAUUCUUAAUGGAACGCCUGCUUUAUUCUUAAUUCAAUUAAUUUUCAACAAUAAUCUCUUGGGAUGUGGUGUAGAAGAUGAAAGGUUUUUUCUUAACCUGGAAACACUUGUAGGUUGUGUUCUUUCUGGUCCAACUUCACCACUAGCUUUCAGUGACUCUGUUUUAAAUGUUAUUGAUCAAAAUGCAAAACAGUUGGAAAACAAGGAGCAUCUCUGGAGAAUGUGGAGUAUUAUAGUCAUUCCAUUAACCGAAUUGAUUAAUCAGACCAAUGAAGUGAAUCAAGGUGAUGCCUUAGAACAUAAUUUUAGUGCCAUCUAUGGUGCAUUGACUCUACCAAUAAAUCACAUUUUUUCAGCACAGAAAAUUCCAGGGGCCACCAUGAAGACCUUACUUAGAACUUGGUCAGAAUUAUAUAGAGCAUUUGCUCGCUGUGCUGCUUUGGUGGCGACUGCAGAAGAGAAUUUGUGCUGUGAGGAGCUUUCUUCCAAGAUAAUGGGCAGUUUGGAAGAUGAAGACUUUUCGAAUUUGUUGUUCUUGGAUAGGAUCAUUCAUGUUAUUACUGUAGUGGUUGAUUGCAUCGACUUCUCACCAUAUGAUAUUAAAAUUCAGUCCAGAGUUAAAUCACUGAAGAGAGCUUCAGAUUGGUCCAGAAAGAAGAAAGAGCCCCUAGGCAAAUUGGCUUCUUUAUUUAAACUUAUCGUGAAAGUCAUCUAUUCCUUCCACACUUUGAGCCUCCAGGAAGCACAUUCUGAUACUCUUCUCACUGUUGGGAACUCAAUCAUCAACAUUCUUUCCAAUGUACUUGGACAUAUUUCUUUGCCUUCUAUGAUGCGAAAAAUAUUUGCAACUUUAACAAGACCUCUGGCAUUAUUUUAUGAAAACUCAAAGCUUGAUGAAGUUCCUAAAGUGUAUAGUUGUAUGAACAACAAGUUAGAAAAGCUACUCGGAGAAAUCAUUGCUUGUCUACACUUCAGCUACACUGGGACUUACGACAGUGAAUUUCUUGAACAGAUCUCUCCAUUAUUAUGCAUCAUAUUUUUGCACAAGAAUAAGCAGAUUCGAAAACAGAGUGCUCAGUUCUGGAAUGCCACAUUUGCGAAAGUGACGACAUUGAUUUACCCUGAAGAGUUAAAACCUAUACUAAGACAAGCCAAAGAAAAAUUUCUGCUUCUGUUGCCUGGUUUGGAAAACGUUGAAAUUAUGGAGGAAUCCAGUGGACCAUAUUCGGAUGCAACAGAAAACUCACAAUUAAAUAUGAAGAUAAGUGGCAUGGAAAGAAAAUCAAGUGGAAAAAGAGAUUCUUUUUUGGCACAACCAAAGGUUACAAAAGAAAACAUGAAAUCACCAGCCAAAUUCAAACUAGAAUCUUCAUCCCCCAAAAUAAAGAGUGGAAUGCCUUUGGAAGAAGAAAAGUCUACUGAAUUUGUGUUUAUACCUCCAGAAGGAAAAGAAACAAAGGAAAGAAUACUAACUGAACAUCAGAAAGAAGUACUCAAAACAAAGAGGUGUGAUAUUCCUGCCAUGUAUAAUAAUCUGGAUGUUUCACAAGAUGCAUUAUUUUCCCAGUAUAGUCAGGAAGAGUCUAUGGAAAUUCCUAAAUUAGCUGAAAAAUCGAAGGAAGAUUCCAAGAUGGCAUUUAAGGAGGAACUAACAAAGAGUGACAUUGUCAUUUCACAAGAUGUUACAGGAAAGUGUGGUAUGGAAGAACAUCUUGAAAAGACUUCUCUUUCAAACAUUGAAUGUAGUUCUGUUGAGGAAACCCAUCCCGGAAUACUGAGCAGUAAUCAUAAUGCCAGAAAAAAAACUUUAAUUUCAUCAAAUAAAAUUUCAACUGAAUGUGCAUCUAGUACAGGAAACACUUUUGGUGUUAGCAGUAGCUCAGUUUCUAAUAUCACCAAUUCUGGAACACCCUCACAGCCUACAAGUCGAAGGCAAACCUUUAUUACUUUGGAGAAGUUUGAUGGUUCAGAAAAUAGACCUUUUAGUCCGUCCCCCUUGAACAAUAUGUCAUCAGCUGUUACAGUGAAAAAUAGUCAGGAAGGCAUGGCUAAAACAGAUAUUCCACCGAAAGCAAAGAGAAGAGAAGUGGCUCUUUCAAAAUCUGACUCUGAAAAAAUAGUGCAUGGAAAUAAGCGGUCAGGCCUAAGGUCAAGUAAAGCUGAACAAACGGGGAAUAAAAGUUCUAAGCUCUUAAUGACAUCAGAUCAGAAGAAAAGCACUCAGGAAUCUAUUGAUAGCAUGGUAGCCUUAGAAAAUAAUCCAGCUAGUUUGCUUAAUCAAACAGAAUGUGUGUUAGAUAAUCAGGCUCAUCUCUCUGAAUCUGCAGUGGAACAUGAGGAUACAAUGCUUAAACCAACAACAGAAAAUGCUUUAUUAGAAAAUAGUAUUGUAGAGGAGAAAAUCUUAGGAACCAAUUUGGAAUCCAAAGAAAAUACACCCCCAGCCAUAAUACCAGCAGAUCAAAUGGUAAAUGAAGAUAGUCAUGUUCAGAUAACUCCAAAUCAGAAAACCCUUAGACGUUCUUUAAGGCGACGUUCAGAAAUAGCAGAGCCUAUCACUGAUAGCCAAGAUAAAGAAAAUACUCUUCAAAAAAAGGAAAGAUAUAAGGAAGAAGAAAAGACUCUUCAAAAAAGUCAGUUACAUGUAAAAGAUGAUGUGUUACCUAAGCAAAAACUGAUUUCUGAACAAACUGUACAGGAAAAUUUAAUUGAGAAGGAUACUUUACAUGAGAAGACUUUAGGGGAAACCAGCACUAAUGCUGAAAUUGAAAAAAAUAGAAGAAAGCCAGACCUUGAGAAUAGUAAAUCUGAGGGAGAUGCUGGCCAGGAUAUUGCAGAUAAGUCCUCUGAGAAACAAGUAAGGGGACGGACACGGUAUCAAACAAGGAGAGCAUCCCAGGGUUUACUUUCCAGCAUUGAAAACUCCGAAUCUGAUAAUUCUGAGGCAAAGGAGGAAAGUUCUAGAAAGAAGAGAUCUGGAAAAUGGAAAAACAAAAACAGUGACAGUGUUGACAUUGAAGAUCAAGAAGAGAAAAUGGAAAAACAGGAAUGUCUACAAGUUGAAAGUCAGAUACAUGAUCAUAAAGCAAAUUCAGAAGUGGACAUAAAUAUAAAAUCUCAGAUUUGUGAAAACAAAGAUGAAAAUAAUACUGUAGCUCUCCAAGAUUCUACAGUAUCUUCAGAUUUGGUGCUAGUUUGUGAUAUAUCAAAUACUUAUGAAGAAAAAAGUAAAACUAACAAAUGUGCAGGUUAUUCCUCUUCAAAUUCUGUAUCAGAAUUAAAUCUAAGGACUAGAAAUGCUAAUAAGAGGUUACAUAAGCGAGAUUCCAUAGAAAAUAAUGUGGAAGAAGGGUCAAAAAUAGACACAUCAGACAGUUCUUUGCCUUCUGAAAAAUCUUUUCAAACACCUGAAUGCCGACACAAGAGAAGUCGGAGGGUAAGGAGAUCUAAAGGUUGUGAUUGCUGUGGAGAAAAGUCACAACCUCAAGAAAAGUCACCCCUUGGGUUGACAAAUACAGAAAAUUACAAUGUAAAGGUCAGUGAAACCAAAAAGAUAGAUGUGCCAAUUCCUGUAACUAUGUCAGAGACUUCUACAGGUAAUACUCACCCUGAGGCUAAACUUCCAGAUGAGUGUCAUAUUGUGAAUUUUCAUUUGGGUCUCAAGGAGGAGAAUGACACUAUUGAUUCAUUAAUUGUACCUGAAACUGAGUUGAAAGAAAAAGAUAUUCAAGACUCUCUUCCUUCUGAAAUAGUAAAUUUUAAAGAAGAAAUGUGUGAUACGGAUUUUAAGGAAGAAAUAUCGAUUGAAAGCCAAGAGCCAUCCAAUAAAAAAUGUAAGACUGUUGGCCCAUGUUUAGGUGAUUCCAAAGAUAUUUCACUGGAAUGUUCUAAUUUGGAGACCAAAGAAGAAAAGCCAGAGGCUAUACUAAAAAUGGAAGUAAGUACAGAGAACAUUGUUAAUGUUGAAGCAGAUGCAUGUAAAGUAAAAGGAGAAUUCAAUCCAGAAGUAGAAGCUAUGGAAUUGGAUGUAGAAUGUGAUAAGUCUGAAACUAGCUUCUCUGAACAAAAGAGUGCCAAAACGGGUAUUUUUGAGGAAGAGGCAACAGAGAAAAACAGUACAAGAAGUGAUGAAUCUGAAGCAGAUGCAGCUAAAGUACUGAUUGCUGAAGAAGCAGUAACUGAGGAAUUUAAUUCAGCUAUUGGUUAUCCUGAUAAUACCACACCUAUAGAAGUAAGAGCUCAGUUAGAAGUUUCUGAACAAACAGCAGUUGGUGGAAUAGAUGGAGGAAAUGAUGAAUCUGAUCCAGGCUCAUCUGAAGAAAUGAAUGCUGAAGUGGAAAAUUAUGAAGAAAGAGUAACUGGUGAAGUGAAUGCUGAAACUGACCUUGUCAGUGAAACAGAGGAUGAGGACUUGAUUACCAAGGCAUCAAAGUCCAUAGAAGCUGAAACAAACAGAUUGAAUAUAGAAAUUGGCAACAUUUUCCCUAACACACUUAAGGUGAACACUGAAGAAGGAAAAGCUAACUCUAAUAAAACAGAAACAAGCAUUGUACUUAAUAAACCUGAAGAAGUAAAAUUAGAUGACAAUCAAUUGAAAGUGGAAAAUGGUGGUGAAACUUUACAGGAAGUUCACCAUACUUCAGAGAAAGUGAAGGAAACAUCACAGUCUCUGGUAUCUGAAAGAGAUACCUCUGAACUGAUAACAGAAGACAAUAAUGCAUCUCCUCAAAAAUUAAACGAAUUUGAUCCUUUACUUCUGUCAGCAACUGAGAGUCCUAGUGGCAUGCAGGCGCGCUGUAUCUGGUCUCCUUUGGCUUCUCCAUCCAGUAGCAUUUUAAAAAGAGGACUAAAAAGACCUCAAGAAGAUGAGAUCUCACCACCUGUUCACAAGGUUCGCCGAGUCUCCUUUGCAGAUCCAAUAUAUCAAGCAGGAUUGGCAGAUGACAUUGAUAGGCGAUGUUCUCUUGUUAGGGCCCAUUCUUCAAAUAGUUCUCCCAUAGUAAAAGGUGUUAAAACUUCACCUACUGCACAAUCUAAGCAUAAUACCACUUCAAGCAAAGGAUUUCUGUUCCCAGGAUCACGUAGCCCUAAAUUUAAGAGCUCAAAGAAAUGUUUAAUUACAGAAAUGGCUAAAGAAUCCAUACCAUGCCCAACAGAAAGUGUUUACCCAGCUUUGGUAAACUGUAUGGCACCAGUUGAUAUUAUUUUACCUCAGAUUACUUCAAACAUGUGGGCAAGAGGACUGGGACAACUCAUUAGAGCCAAGAAUAUAAGAACAAUUGGUGAUUUGAGUACUCUUACAGCAUCUGAAAUUAAAACUCUUCCUAUCCGCUCUCCAAAAGUGUCCAAUGUAAAAAAGGCUCUCAGAGUAUAUCAUGAGCAACAGGUGAAAUCUCGUGGACUAGAAGAAAUUCCAGUUUUUGAUAUUUCUGAAAAAACAAUAAAUGGAACAGAAAAUAAACCUCUCUCUGCUGAUGAAGAAGGACUUGCCUCAGAUUUAGUUGAUCCUGUUGCUUUAGAAACUCCAUUAUCUAAAAAUCUUGUGGCACAGGUCAGUGCACUUGCUCUUCAGCUGGAUUCAGAGAAUCUCCAUAAUUAUUCAGGAAGCCAACUAUUUGAAAUGCACGAGAAACUUGGUAGCAUGGCAAACACUAUAAUAAAAAAUCUGCAGUCGCGUUGGAGGUCACCAGCUCAUGAUAAUUCUGUUUAGUAUUUUAAGACAAAGUUGAAACUUUAAAAAACUUCACUGAGUUUGUUAUUUCAUAAAAUAAGUUCUGAAAUAUGGCACAAUUUCAGACUGAAUGUUUGCAAAAUUGGUAACAUUUCAGAACCUGAAGGGCAAUGACUAUGUAAGUUCAAUUUUGUAAGUUCAUUAUGUAAGAUGAUUUUUUGAUAUUACAUAUUUUAUUGGCUGCUAUGCAUAAUUUUUCUAAAAUUUUAAAUUUACUAAAAUGUGAAAGCAAAAACUAGAAACAAGCAUUUAUUUCACUUAAACUCAUGCAUAUUCUGAUUAAACAUGAAAAAUAUUUUAUUUGAAGUAAAAUGGAAAUUUUUUAUUUGGAUUUUUUGCUGACUGAUAAAAGGUGUUUAUACUUGAUUUUUUUAAAAAUUUAUAUUUGUUGUGCCUAAGGUUUAAGAAAUCUGGUCUUGGUAAAAUAUACUGUAUGUGCGAUGUAAAAGAAUUAUUGUUUUUCACCGAUUUCAACUAUGGACAACUUUUAAGAAAAACCAGAAGUUUCAGGUUUUGGGUUAAAGUAUUAAAGCAGACUUUACUAAGAUAUAUAUACACCAUUCAUUUAUUUGCAUUAGCAAAUAUUUGUACAACAGCAUUUGCCUGUGAAAAUUGACUCUUUGGGAUAUAGUAUUGAUUUAAAAAUGCACAACUACUUGUACAUUAUGUAUAGAUUACAAUGUUUUUAAUUUAUAAAUUUCAGCUUUCGUUAAUUGUGUGUUUCUGAAGCUUCUUGUGAAUACUUUUGUGUAAUAGAAACUAUUUUGUAUAUAUUAAAUACUGAGAUAUCAGUAUGGACAAUAGAAGUGCUUUGUGGACUUGAUGCAGAUGUUUGUAAUAUUCUGUAUUUACAAAUGAAACAGCAAAUAGUUUUGUACUUAGUUAAUAGUCUCAGUUAAAACAUAGGUUUAUUUUCUUAAGUAACCAAAAUGAGUAAAGUUAAUAGAAAUGAGAAAGUGUUACAUGACAGUUUUACUUGUCAUAUCUAUACUCUUUUUUUGUCUUUUGAAAGAGGGUAUCAGCUACUAGAAAGCAUGCCUCAUUACAUUUCUUUUUAAUAGGAGAGUUCGAGUAUUUUCAUUACAACUUGGACUAUAAGAAAUCUAGUUUAUCUGCUCUUUUCACCUGCACCUAAAGCAAACUUGGAAGAAAUUUUAAACUAUUUUUUUGAAAUAUGUGUGUUUUGCCUACUUUUCAAAAAUAGGGUGUAUAUAUUUAAAACAUUUUUGAGUUUUACUAACAUUAGUGCCUGACUUCCCUAUUUGUUUUUUUUUAUUCAUAAUGAGAAUGUCUCAUUUGUUCUCUGAAUAGAAUGAGUGAGCGAUCUCAGUUUCACGCUUUAUUCAGAACUAACUCCUACUUGAAAAGGCACACAUUCUUCAAAAUGUAGAGAGUUUAAUGUUUGUGUCUAAUUUGCUUCUAUAUUCAGAAGGGGGCCACCAGUCAGCCACAAAAAAACAUUAGUGUCUUUUGUAAUUGUAAAUCCAUGGUCAUUACAAAUAUUUUGGGGUCUAAGUUUGAAAUUUUUAUACCAAGGAUGGUUUUAAAAAAAAUUCUGGGGCCAUUGAAUUAAGGAUUAUAGCUUGAAGCAAUAACUAAUGAAAUAUAAGAAUAUUUUUGUAUUGUCUAUCAUUUCCCAAAUAAUAUUUGACAGUAAAGAGGCAUAUACGUUUUUAGUGGACAGGUGUGUAUGUGUGCUUCAAAUGAGUCAAAAUUACAUUUCCUGACUACAUAUUUUAAUGUUUGUGUGAACUAAACUUGGUGAUGGAAUGAAAUUUUGGGGGAAGUGAACAGUAUAACAGAAAAUGGGGCCAAAAUGAUUACCAUUCACUUAAGUCACUGAAUUUGAUACUAGCAUAGGUAUUAAUUUAUAACAUUUAUGAUUCAACAAGGAUAUGUUUUAAAAUAUUUGAGGACAAAAAUCAGUUUGCUAAGUCAUCGUUGUUGAUAUAGUUAUAAGUUUAUCUCUGAGGAACCUUACUUAAAAUAUUCUUGCCUUGAAAUUUUCUGAAAAUUUUCCCGAGUAGCAAAAUGCAUUAAUGUUCCUUAAUUAACUACAUUGUGUUGCUUCAUAUUAAAGUUAACUUAGCUUUUUCAAAUAUUUUCUAAUGGUUAAUAAAACAUGACAGUAAUACUCAAAUGUAAUUUAUUUUGCAUUUACUAAAAGGACCCAGUUGCAUUCAGAAACAUAGUAAGAUUUUUUAUGUUCCAGACCGGAUUUCAUAGUGAAUUUAAAUUUUCAAUAUUUGAGUGAGCCCAUUGAAGGUGCUCUGCUGCUUGAACAAGUUUGGAAGCCAUUGUUGAAUGGUGUGCAGCUUUUGCUUUAAAUCCAUAUAGUAAAAGGAUGAGUCAAUUUUAGUGAUAAUGCUGUUUGAUAAUAUGGUAAAAAAAUAAGACUUAAAUCUGAACAAUAAGAGCAUGGUAGUUCUUUUUAUGUAUAGCUUGAAAGUAGUCAGGGAUUCUGAUAUAUUUAAGAAUCAUGACUGCAAAGCAUGUGAGAUUGUAUAUUGCCUAAAGUAAAAGUGGCAGGGCAAGAAACAAAGUUGGAGGGGAAAUGGGAUGUGUGUGUGUGUAAAGUAUACAAGUAGAAUUUUUAAAAAAGGGUAAUAAGGAAUGAGAAAAAUUAAAAAAUAAGAACUUUAAAAUUUAGCUUAGUUGAACUUGAACAGGAGUUGGUAGGGCCAGGUCAUGUUUUCCCUUAAUGCCACUUGGUAAUUCAGUAAGAAUUAUUCUUUAUUAUCACUUUAUAGGGAGAUCAGUCGUUAACAUUAUUAGAUUAAGACUUGAGUGAGUAGGAGAGAAACUGUUAACUCAUUAUCAUUAGUACAACCCAUGUCCAAUUUAUUCUCAACUUUUUAGAAAGGUCUUGUACUUUGUAUACAAACAAUGGAAGUUUUGACUUUUAACAAUGUUUCUCAAAUUUGCAUGUAUGUGAAAAUGCAGAUUCUGAUUCAGUAUGUCUGUGGUGGGGCACAAUCCUUCAUUUCUCAAAACCUUCCACAUGACAUACUAAAUAGUGAAGUCUGUGGACUGCACUGUCCUAGAGAGGCUGAAGAGGCUUCAAGGGGUGAGUUAGGUUUGGAUAGCCCAAGCUGAUUUAAGUCCUUACAGUUACUGUCACAAAAAAUAAAAGCUGGUCUUUUUUUAAAAGUAACUUUCAAAUUUAUGAAUUGGAGAUGAGAUAGAAUGCUUCAAAUUAAAGUUCAAAUUGCAAAGAAAGUUUAAGGUUGAAUUUGGAGCCUUGUUAAUAUGGAAGGUUUAUAUUUUUAAGUAGGCAGAUAGUUAAGUGUUUGACAUUAUAAAAAUCUUAUUAAGCAGUUUGGACAAAUGAGUCUUGGAUUAUGUUCUGAUUUCUUUAAAUAUUAAAGUAAAUUUUAAAAUAUUGGCGAUGGCAUUUAGUUUCUAAAUGAAUCUUGCCUUCUAAGUUAUAGGACUUCAUUAUUUUAUUUAUAAACAUUGAAAAUAGACCACCCCAAAGAUUAAAAUGGCACUGAAGUUAGCAAUGCCAAAGUAAGUUAUGUGUGAUAGAUCUGCCUUGACAUUGUACUGAAGACCUCCUGUGUCUUUGUUGUUAAGUUACAGGGUUAAAAAUUGCAAAAUAGAGUUUGAAAGACAGAGUUGAUUCUCUAAACAUGAGUGUUUCUUGGCAUUCUGUUAAGACACUGUAUUUCCCUCCAUAUUUCAAUAUUCUUUUUGUAAGAUCUACCCUCAUCCAAAGCAUUUAAGAAAAGGUAGCCAGAAGUUAAGUGAUGUACUUACUAAAUGGUUUUAUCAAGAUUUAUUGACCACUUGAUCUAUGAAACAAAUCUGGGCUGUGUGGCUUGUAAUGGCCCAACUAAUAUAUGUCAGGCUUUGUAUAUUGCUUUUGAAAGUAUACAUUAAAAUAUGAGUCAUUUGGAUUUGAAGAUGUAUAGAUAUUUAAUGGAACAGUAGUCUUAACAGAAUUGAGUGUUUAUGCAGUUCUCUGGAAUAUAAUGCUAAAUUUUACAGUGUGGUCUUACAAUUUUUUCUUUACAUGACAAACCCUUCACCAAAGAACAGUUAAAACCGAACAUGAAUUGCCAAGCUGUAUAAAUGCUUACUCCCCUGAAAUAUACUAUUAGAAUGGAAGAUAAUAUAUUUUUUUUUACCUGAGAGUAUAAGUUUGAAGGCAGUAUUUAAAUGAAUGUCACAGAGAAGAAAAAUAACCUACCUAGCUUUUGUUCUCAUAGCAGAGGAAGCAUUACCUUUAGGCCACAGUGUACUGAUUUGUAAUUGUGGAUAAAAUUGUGCUUAUUAGCAGGUUUAUAUGCUGAUAGCGAUGGAUGCACUGAUAAGUGAUAAAAUUUCCAACAAGAGGCAGCAUUAUUUCUUAAAUAGAUAAAAUCCAUGUAACUAGAAAGCUGACCUUCAUAAUAUUGUCAUGGAACUGAAAAUGAAUAUAGUGUAGCAGUUAUUUUCAUACUUAAUUGAAUAACAAUACUUAUAAAGAAUCUAUUUUUAUAGAAUGGGAACUUUGUAAUAGAAAAAUGGAAUUGAGAACACAGAAUCAGUUUUGAAUAUAAGAACAAAGAUGGCAGUCUUAACUAGUAUGUUUUUAUAGAUCAGGGGAUGAUAAACUACAGCUGGACACCUGUUUUUGUAUAAAUCCUAUGAGCGAAGAAUGGUUUUUACAUUUUCUAAAUGGUUGAAAAAAUAUUUUGACAAAAUUUAUGAAGUUAAUAUUCAGUGUCUAUAAGAUUUUAUUGGGAUACAGCUAUGUUUUUA